CACAUCUCUGGAAGCGAACUUGAAUAUCAUGUCACUAGAAAUAGAAUCGGAUCAAAAACAAUUUAUAUCCUCUUACUUGCAGUUGAUAGCACUUUCAGACGAGAAACCUUUGUCGGCCUUCAAUUCCAUUGCCGACUAUUCGUCUUUAACAUCCCUUGGACCUUCCUUACCAAUAUUUGAAAUCCCAUUCCCAUCCACUGAUUCAUCUAUUUCCACCGUUGACUUGAGCUUCAAAUCAAUAAAACCUCCCUUCAAGUUCCAAACCGAAUUGAAAGCCAUACCAGAAUCUCAAAGUAUUUUCAAUGUUAAAUCGUUACUCAUUGAUUCAUUGGCUCUAAAUGAAAACAAUGUCAAACCCGCUGAUAUCAAGUUGUUAAUCAAGGGGAAAGUCAUUCAAGAUUCGACUCUUUUGUCCUCCUUGGACUCAUACGCAUUUAUGUGCAUGGUAUCUGUGCCAGUCUCCUCCACCACCAAUAUACCAUCAGUUCCUAUUCCUAGCGAAAGUGCAGACCCUGAUGUGGAUAUAUCUGAAGUAUGGUCAGUAUCCAAAACCGCUUGGAAGAGGAUAUACGAAGUGCUUAAGACUGACUUGCAAAGUGAAGAAAAGGCUACAGAGGUCUUGAACAAAUUUAAAUCAGUGCAAUAGGUUAACGUAAAUUCAUUAAUAAAUAGCUAUAUUUCAUUCGUUCUUGGAACUGAUGAACCUCCUGUAAAUGAUAUCCUUGAUUCUUUUGCCCUCUGGAGUAUGGGAUCUUGUCUCAUGCAAAUAGUACGCACAGACACCAAUUCCCACGCCAAUCAAAGGAUCCACCCAUCUUGAUACCAAGAAUUUAUACAUAAUUGCCCAAGAGGUUUUCAAGU